AUGUCAAAACAUUCUACUUUGUGGAAAAAACUGCACAAUAAUAAUACUGCCUUGUUCAGCACGGCCAACAACAACAAUCAUUCCUAUCAAACAGCCACAUUUGGUCAACCUGUUCAUCACACUCACCCUCAUUUAAUUAAUCCCGGAGAAGUCUUAAAAGGAAUCCAGCUACAGGAAGUGCAAAACAGGCGAAUCAAUCUUCUUCAUUCGUUAAAGGAGUAUUCCGCUAGUUUUACAGAUAAAAAUAGCAAUCAUAUUGUAAUCGUCCCUUCAGCCAACAAAAAAUAUAUGAGCAGCAAAAUUCCAUACGUGUUUCGACAGAAUACCGAUUUCCUUUACCUGAGCGGAUGUCAAGAGCCAGAAAGCGUACUUGUUUUGGAAAUUGACUCUAGCCAUAAUACCAAAACUACGCUAUUUGUUCGCCCGAAAGAUAAAAAUGCAGAACUAUGGGAUGGACCACGCACCGGCGUUCAGUUCGCUCGAGAUAUAUAUGGUGUGGAUGAAGCGCUGGAUGUCAACUCGUUAAAGGAAUAUCUCACGAAGUAUAGUUUUGCACAACCAAAUGCCGUCAUAUGGUACGAUGAACAUUUGUCGGACCUGAGGAAUGUUUCGAAAAUUGUACAAGAUGUAUCACAUCACACGAAAUCGCCCCUUGAACUUAUUCAUGCUCUUCGCGUGAUUAAAUCUGACACAGAAUCUGCAUUAAUGAGGAAAACUUGUGAAAUCGCCUCACAUGCUAUUAAUAAGACAAUAGAGGAAAGCCACUCAGGUAUUAGUGAGCAUCAAGUAUUUGCCACCGUUGACUAUUACGCACGUGUCCAUGGAGCAAAUUUUCUUGCCUAUCCACCAGUGGUAGCAGGAGGCUCGAAUGCUACUAUAAUUCAUUAUGUGAAUAACAAUCAGAUUGUUAAUGAUGGUGAAAUGAUACUACUGGAUGCAGGAUGCGAGUACCAUGGAUAUACAAGUGAUAUUACAAGAACGUGGCCUGUGGAUGGCAAAUUCAGAGAACCGCAACUGGUGUUAUAUGAAAUUAUUCACCAGGUGCAGCGGGAGCUGCUAGACUGCUUAUUGUUUGCUGGUGGAGAAACUUUAGAUCAACUAUUUGACACUAUGUGCUCAAAACUAGGAAAAUAUUUACAAGAAAUCAAACUGAUCCCUCCUUCACUUUCGGGUAACGAUCUUUCUAGAGCAGCCUACAAAUUUUGUCCACACCAUGUGUCUCACUAUCUUGGUAUGGAUGUUCAUGACACCCCUCUAAUAGCUAGAAAUGUAAAACUGCAGUCCGGAAUGGUUUGCACGGUAGAGCCAGGUAUCUAUAUCGCAAAAGACAAGCUGGAUGUUCCGGCAGAAUUUAGAGGAUUAGGGAUACGAAUAGAGGAUGAUGUGCUGAUAAAACCUGGAAAGGAAAUUGAAAUAUUAUCUAAGAACUGCAUCAAAGAUCCGUUUGUAUUUGCACAAACCAUUGGUAACAAAUCCAAAGGGUGA